AUGAUAGGUGAACUGGAUUCAGAUGUUGUUGUACGCUACUUCAGAGGCAAGAGCAUCCUGAUCACCGGUUCAACUGGCUUCCUGGGGAAAGUGCUUGUGGAGAAGAUACUGAGGGUUCAGCCGGAUGUCAAGAAGCUCUUCCUGCUCAUUCGAGCCACCGAUGCCGAGUCUGCGAAGCAGCGGGUCAAGACUGAGGUGACAGGAAGGGAGAUCUUUAAAAUUUUGAAAGAAAAGCAUGGCAAUGGGUUUGAAGGUUUCAUCCAAGAAAAAAUAUGCCCUUUGCCAGGAGACGUCAUUUAUGAGAACUUGGGCCUAGCCCCCGCCAAACUGAGAGAACUAUGGAAAGAAAUAGACAUCGUUGUCAAUGGAGCUGCAACUACAAAUUUCUACGAAAGGUAUGAUGUGGCUUUCGACACAAACGUCAUGGGAGCCAAGCACAUCUGUGAGUUUGCAAAGAGGUGCAGUAAACUCAAGAUGCUGCUACACGUUUCAACAGCUUAUGUAGCCGGUGAACAAGAAGGGAUAGUGCUAGAGAAGCCAUUCCAUUUGGGUGAAACCCUGACGGAAGGCACACAGCUGGACAUCGAAUCCGAACUGAAUCUGAUAAAAGAGACCAGGAGAGAACUGAAAGCCAACCGUUCUUCGGAAAAGGCUGAUAGAAGAAUCAUGAAGGAGCUUGGCCUCAACAGGGCAAGGGCGUUCGGGUGGCCAAACACCUAUGUGUUCACCAAAGCAAUGGGGGAGAUGCUGCUGGGGCACCUUCGAGGAGAUCUCCCGGUCGUCAUCGUCCGGCCUAGCAUCAUAACCAGCAUCCUGAACGAGCCGUUGCCUGGAUGGAUGGAAGGGAUAAGGACAAUUGACUCGUUCAUCAUCGGCUACGCCAAGCAGGCUCUGUCAAUCUUCUUAGUUGAUCUCGACUUGAUAAUGGACGUGAUUCCUGGGGACAUGGUGGUGAACGGCAUGAUGGUGGCAAUGGCGGCGCACUCGGAGGAGCAGGGACAGCAGCAGAGCAUCUACCACCUGACGUCGUCGGUGCGGCACCCAGCGUCCUACGCCGUCCUCGCGGAGUGCGUCCACCGCUACUUCCUGCACAAUCCACUGAGGUUCCGCGCGUACAUGGCCGUCAAGUUCAGGCUUCCCCUCGAGAUCCUUCGCCUGCUGAACAUUGCCCUGUGCGGCGCUUUCUCCCGGCGCUACGACGAGCUCAGCCGGAAGUACAGAUACGUCAUGCAUAUUGCAGAGCUGUACGCGCCAUACUCCUUGUUCAGAGGAUGCUUCGAUGACUCCAACACGGAGAGGCUGAGGGCGGCGAUAGCGAGCAACGACGGGCAAGACAAAAGGAGCAGGGGAUAUGAGGACUUUGGUUUCGAUCCCAAGUGCAUAGAUUGGGACGACUACUUCUACAGGGUUCACAUCCCCGGUGUUGUCAAGUACCUGUGUGAUUAG